AGACAGAACCAGAGAGCUCUACUUUCGUUCACUUCUGAAGAGAAGGCUCAGCAAUCGAAAAGGGAUUCGAGCGAAAGGAACCAGAGCGACAGGCAAGGGAAAAAGCCGAAGCAAGUCAACAGGUUUUCGAGUGGCCUGCUUUAUUUUUAGAGAUGGAUUUCCAGCCAAGUAUAAUUCGAGAAUCCAACACAAUGGAGACAUUGGAGAAGCAACUAAUCUGCCCAAUCUGUCUUGAAAUGUUCGAAAAGCCAGUCGUGAUCCUACCGUGCCAGCACAAUCUGUGCAGAAAAUGUGCAAAUGAUGUGUUCCAGGCUGCCAACCCCUACUGGCAAGGGCGAGGAACCAUGAUAUCAGGCGGAAGAUUCAGGUGUCCAUCCUGCCGACAUGAAGUGAUUCUGGACCGCCAUGGAGUGUACGGGCUACAGAGGAAUCUUCUGGUGGAGAACAUCAUUGACAUCUAUAAGGAGGACGAAAUCAGCAGACCUUUGAAGAAAGGCAACCAGCCCAUGUGUGAAGAACACGAGGACGAGAAGAUCAACAUUUACUGCGUCACGUGCCAAGUCCCCACUUGCUCAAUGUGCAAGGUGUUUGGUGCUCACAAAGACUGCGAGGUGGCACCUCUACAGAAUAUAUUUCAACAACAGAAGACAGAGCUAACGGAUGGGAUCGCCAUGCUAGUGGCUGGUAAUGACAGAGUCAACGCCAUCACAGACCAGUUGGAAGAGACAAGCAAAAGAAUUGAGGAGAACAGUCAGCACCAGAAAAACAUGCUCAUGGAACAGUUUGAUCGUUUAUACGCCACCCUGGAGCAAAGGAAAACUGACAUGCUACAGUCUAUUUCGAAGGAACAGGAGGAUAAAAUAACAUUCAUCAAGGACCUGAUCAAACAAUACAAGGAACACCUUGACGGAUCCUCUAAGCUAGUGGAGAAAGCCAUUCAGUUCAUGGAGGAGCCUGCAAUUGCUGCCUUCCUUGUUAAUUCCAAGGAUCUCCUAGAAAAAAUCAUUGAUGCCUCCCGAACCUCCCAUAUUCCAAAACAUGAAGACGGGUUUGAGGACAUGGACCAGUUUUCAGUGAAUCUGGAACUGGUAGAGGAAACGCUGAGAAAUAUCACAUUUGUAACAGAAGAAGAUGAAAUUGGGGAAGAUGUGGAGACUGAGGAUGAAGAUGAUGAUCAAGCUCAUGGCCAGCAGUGAUAUUGCCUUGGCAGUGACAAAUAUUUGAUGUCUUGCUUUAAGACUUCGAGCACCUGUGAGGAGGAACACCUUGUGUGAAUAUUUGGGAUAGUCCUUGUUCUGAAGCACAGGCAGCCAAGGAGGAAGACAAAUUAGAUUGACAAUGUCCUUUUUGUUCGUUAAACACAUUUGCUAAAAAAAAACGUUUUUAUAUGGUGCAAAACGGAUGGUUUUGUACAUUUUAUAUUUUUGUAUAUGAUACAAAAAACAGACAUUGUCAUUUUUAAGGCAAUUUAAGGUUUUGGGGGUUACACCACUUCAUUAGUAUUUUAGAUUGAUCUCUGCUGUGUUACAAUAGAUUACGAUCAGUGGAGGAUAACAUGUUUAAACUAAAACCUCCCGAAAUCACACUCAGGUGAAGCUUUAACACAUGACAGGGAUUUUAAAAGAAAUCAAGAAAUUAAAAUUGAAUUGGUGGAAAUAAAUUUUCAAUUUCAAGUGACUGAAUGUCGGUGACUUGAAAUUAAAAUGGGAAAUUAUACAAUUACACAAUUGAUUAGUCUGCAUCUGAAAGGGUUAGAGAUUUUUGGGGUAGUUGAUUCCUGCAAACUCAGUUUUAAGUAACCUUGCAGGUUCCAUUGUGCUUGUUGCUUCAUUUUCACGCCUGUAAUUUUGAAUUUAUUGAAUGUAAAUAAACUUAUUUAUAUGAUGUUCUCCAGUUUACCUGAAUUUC